CCUGGUGUGACGUAGCCGUGACGCAGCUGGUCUGACGGACAGGUAAGCCGACACCGGCCGCCAUAUUGGGCAAUAACGGAAGUGAGUGAGUGAGAGAGAGACAGAGAGAGAGAGAAACAGAGAGAUUGAGAGAUAAGUGUGUAUGUGUGUUCAAGUGAAUCCGUUUCCGAAAAAGGGCGUCCUCCACCUCCUCCUACUCUUCCUCCUCUUCCUCCUCCUCCUCGCCUGCUUCUUUCUCAUGUUUGUCUCUCCGGAGGAAGGGGCGGACUCAGCGCCACAGUAGAUCCGGAAUUAGAGCUUGUCCGCUCGGAUCGGCUCGGCUCGGUCGGUCGGUCGGUCGGUGGAGGAUCCGCGGGAGGUUCGGAGAGAGGAAACGGAACCAGCUUCCACAUAUUGUUACAUUGAAUUAGACUUAAAAAGAAAAAAAGAAAAAGGAAGGUUUGAGAAGAAAGGAGAUAGGUGGAGAUUAAAAGUGUCGACGACGAGCUGCAGCAGAAAAGAGGAAUAAUAAAAAAAAAAAAAAAGGGAGGAAAAGUAGAAGGAGGAAGAAAGAUGCCGCUGGCUCAGUUGGCAGAUCCCUGGCAGAAGAUGCCGAUGGGGGGGACGGCUGGAGAGGACGUUCAUCACGACCCCGAGGACUUGUUGAGUGAGGAAGACUCGAUGCCGGUCUGCACUGACGAUGUGCCGAUCAAAGAAAUCAGCAUCACUCAUCACGUGAAGGAAGGAUCAGAGAAGGCCGACCCUCGACAGUUCGAGCUCCGCAAAGUCCUCGGACGAUCCUUCGGCAAGGUGUUUCUGGUGAAGAAGAUGACGGGGCCGGACGCUGGUCAGCUUUACGCCAUGAAGGUCCUGAGGAAAGCAACACUGAAAGUGCGUGACCGGGUCAGGACAAAGUUGGAGAGAGACAUCCUGGUGGAAGUCAAUCAUCCCUUCAUCGUCAAGCUACACUACGCGUUUCAGACAGAGGGGAAGCUCUACCUGAUCCUGGACUUCCUCAGAGGAGGAGAUCUCUUCACUCGUCUUUCUAAAGAGGUGAUGUUCACAGAGGAGGAUGUGAAGUUUUACUUGGCGGAGCUCGCUCUGGCUCUCGAUCACCUUCACGACCUCGGCAUCAUUUACAGAGACCUCAAACCUGAGAACAUUCUGCUUGAUGAGGAGGGACACAUCAAGCUGACUGACUUCGGCCUCAGUAAGGAGUCGAUAGACCACGAGAACAAGGCGUACUCCUUCUGUGGGACGGUGGAGUACAUGGCUCCUGAGGUGGUGAACAGGCGAGGACACACGCACAGCGCCGACUGGUGGUCGUACGGCGUUCUGAUGUUCGAGAUGCUGACGGGAACGCUGCCGUUUCAAGGCAAAGACCGGAAAGAGACGAUGACCAUGAUCCUCAAGGCGAAGUUGGGAAUGCCGCAGUUGAGUUCAGAAGCUCAAAGUCUCCUCAGGAACCUUUUCAAACGCAACCCGGCCAACAGAUUAGGAGCCGGACCAGACGGAGUGGAGGAGAUUAAGAGGCAUCACUUCUUCAGCACCAUCGACUGGAACAAACUGUUCCGCAGAGAGCUGCAUCCUCCUUUCAAACCGGCCACCGGACAUUCUGACGACACUUUCUAUUUCGAUCCAGAGUUCACAGCUAAAACACCCAGAGACUCUCCGGGGGUCCCACCCAGUGCCAACGCCCAUCAGCUGUUCAGAGGAUUCAGUUUUGUGGCGAUAACAGAGGAGGAAAGUCAACCGUUACCCAUUGCUGCUGUACAGCAGCGCCACAGAAGCACGGCUCAGUUCUCAGACGCCUAUGACAUCAAAGAGGACAUCGGCGUCGGCUCGUACUCCAUCUGUAGGCGAUGUACGCACAAAGGAACCGGCAUGGAGUACGCAGUGAAGAUCAUCAACAAGGCGAAGAGAGACCCGACGGAGGAGGUGGAGAUCCUGCUGAGAUACGGGCAGCACCCCAACAUCAUCACUCUGAAAGACGUGUAUGACGACGGCCGGUCGGUGUACCUGGUGACGGAGCUGAUGAAGGGCGGCGAGCUGCUCGACAAAAUCCUCCGACAGAAGUUCUUCUCCGAGAGAGAAGCCAGCGCCGUUCUCUACACCAUCACCAGGACUGUAGAGUACCUGCACGUCCAGGGAGUGGUGCACAGAGACUUGAAGCCAAGCAACAUCCUCUACGUGGACGAGAGCGGGAACGCCGAGUCCAUCCGGAUCUGCGACUUCGGCUUCGCCAAACAGCUGCGGGCGGAGAACGGCCUGUUGAUGACGCCGUGUUACACCGCCAACUUCGUCGCCCCCGAGGUGUUGAAGAAGCAGGGUUACGAUGCAGCUUGUGACAUCUGGAGUCUCGGAGUUCUUCUCUACACCAUGUUAACAGGCUUCACUCCGUUUGCUAACGGUCCAGAGGACACACCGGAGGAGAUUCUGGCUCGUAUCGGCAGCGGGAAAUUCUCUCUUACUGGAGGAUACUGGAACUCAGUGUCUCUCGAGGCGAAGGAUCUGGUGUCUAAGAUGCUGCACGUCGACCCCCACCAGCGUCUGACGGCCCGUCAGGUGCUCCGACACCCCUGGGUGACUCACAGAGACCAGCUGCCCAAAUACACCCUCAACAGACACGACGCCCCGCACCUCGUCAAGGGUGCGAUGGCCGCCACCUACUCCGCCCUCAACAGGAACGUCCCUCCCGUCCUGGAGCCGGUGGGCUGCUCCACUCUGGCCCAGCGGAGGGGGGUGAAGAAGAUCACCUCCACCGCUCUGUGACCUCACAACCUUUAAACCCCCCCCCCCCCCCCCCCCCUAAAAAAAACCCCCUCCUACUCCCACUUCCCUUCACCUUCACCUCACUUCCUGUCAACUCUGACCUCGAUCUGACCUCCGCCGGACUCCCCUCUUUCCUCUCCCGGCCGGUCUGGUGAGACAGACUACUGAUGGACCUAGGAACCGCUAACGCCAAAUAGGAGCACAGACACCACCUGCCCCCCCCCCUCCCCCCACCUGUCCUGCACCUUUAACGGACUCUACUGAUUGGCUCUCUCCUGCUGUCACCGUAGAGUCUGCAGGUUUUCCUCUGUGGGCGUUUUUUUAAUUUUUGUUUUGUUGCUUUGGACAAUCAGCGCUGACCCCUCUCAGAUCCAGAGACUGAUUAGCGCGUGUCAGGAAAUUAUAAAAAAAAAAAGAAGAAAGUACUGUAUUUAUUUACUACAAAAAAACGCGGUGGAAAUCUGAGAUCAUAGGAAAAUGGUAACAUACCUAACAUAUGCAUUUAAAUAGCUAGGAUCAUUGUUAUAUUAUACUGUCGUGAUGGUUCUGCAUAGCUGUAGAUCCUUGCAUUUAAAAAAAAAAAAAAAAAAGAAAA